AUGAGCUCCCAGCCAAGUACUGCGCAUGCUGCGUCUCAAUCAGUAUCGGCAUUAUCUUCCCGCCCACCCGUGACCCUCGGACAGACCACCCAUCUCGACCCAGGCGCCUACGUCCGAGGCACACACGCCAUCACAGUGGGUGAAUAUGACCUAGUUCACCCCAGAGCACAGCUGGUUGCUGUCCAUGGUCCCCUCUCCAUCGGUGAUAAGUGUAUUAUCUCGGAGAAAUGCAUUAUUGGUGGCCCGGUUCGGGGCUCGGGCGGUGUGUCCUCUGAUCCGGCGUCGAAAACCUCGAAUGCUGCUGCUGGCAGCAGGAGUAAUCAGCCGAGUCCCUUUGUCAAUCAGGGCGGUGCUGAUGAUGCCGAUGAUGAGGAGCGUGACCCCAUGAAGACUGUCAUUCAUGAUUGUGUUUACCUCCAUCCAAGCUCCCAGGUCCACGCCGGAGCGACAAUACGGGAAGGUGUCCUGAUUGAAUCUCACGUGACGAUCCUUGCGAAUGUCACGGUCGGCGCCCAUGCGAAGAUCUGUGCGGGCGUGACGGUGGAUCGAAACGUGGCGGAUUGGACUGUUGUGUAUGGGAAUGGCGACAUGAAACGACGGCGCAAGAUAAGGUCUGCGGACGAAGAAGAAGAAGAUCAGACUGAGCUUGUGGAGAAGCUGAGGCUCAAGGCCAUGGACAAAGAACGAGAAGGGACCGUGAGCCUUUUGAGGGCGGCGGCUCGGAUGGCGAGUAUGGCGAAGAAGAAAUGA